AUGAGAUUGUUCUUAACGCUUGCCAUUUUGUGUGUCCUUUACAAUGAAGCCUACGGGAAAGUUUCUUUAGAUGUCGAUGUGAAGUUGAAGACUCUUAAUAAGCCAGCGUUGAAGACCAUCAAG